AUGAAGUUCACCGUCCUUGUCGCCUCCGCCUUUGCCUCCACAGCUUUUGCCCAGACUUUCCAGCGUCUGGGUGGCUGUCCAGACCUAGGAUGCAUCUUCCCGCCAGACAAGGCCGAGUUCUUGUCUGGACAGUUCUUCGACAUCCGUCUUGAAGUGCACUCGCCCGUCAACGGAUCCGAAGCCCGUGUCGGUGGCCCAGACGAGAAGUUCACAUUCACCAUUGAGCGCAAGGGGCGCGGACACCAGCAGCCAGAGCCGGCCACCAAGUUCUUCAAGACCGAAGAACCCAAGCUUGAAAAGUGGCAAUUCUCCUGGUACGAAGACCUGUUCGCCAAAGAUGCUGGGAAGCCCUCUAUUGUCAACGUCGCAUCCAAGGCCUUCAGACGUAAAACCACUGCUACUUGGGAGGUCAAGGAGCUGCGCACCCGUCGCCGUGCAAAGAACGUCAUCCUCUUCAUCGGCGAUGGCAUGACCACCAACAUGAUCACUGCUGCUCGUCUCAUGGCCCAUCAAUCCAUCAAUGGCAAGUACCAGUCCAAGAUGCAGAUGGACCAGUUCCCCGUCCUUGGCCACCAAAUGACCCAUUCCAUGGACUCCUUCAUCACCGACUCGGCUAACUCGGCCACUGCCCUCUACACCGGCCACAAGUCCACUGUUAAUGCAUUGAACGUUUACCGUGACUCUUCCAAGUCUCCCUUUGAUGACCCCAAGUUCGAGACCAUUGCUGAGAUCUUCCGCCGUGUCAAUCCUGGUGCUGGUGUCGGGAUCGUUUCUACCGCUCAUUUGUCCGAUGCUACCCCGGCUGCUCUGACUGCCCACACCAGUGACCGUGGCCAGAGUGCUCAUGUUAUCGACACUUACUACCACGGUCUCUCCAACUACACCUGGACUCAGUGGGAUGGCCCGGAUGUUCUCUUUGGUGGAGGUGCCGAGGAUUUCCUCCCCAACAAUGACAACAAGAAGCAGAAUUACUACGAGAUGUUCAAAAAGAAGGGAUACAGCCUCUCCUGGAACGCCACAGCCCUCGCCCAGGCUUCCAACGACGAUCGUGCCCUUGGUGUCUUCUCCACCAGCGUCAUGGCUAAAUGGCUCGACCGCAAUGUCUACAAGGAAAAUCUGAAAAACCAGAAGAACUACCCCGAUGGUUCUGACAAGGACGCCGAUGACCAGCCCGGUCUCAAGGAGAUGACCCUCAAGGCCAUUGACAUCCUCCACACCCGUAACCGCAACCACCGCGAGAGCCGUGGCAAGGGUUUCUUCCUCAUGUCCGAGGCUGCGAGCAUCGACAAGCAGAUGCACACCAUGGACUAUGACCGUGCACUUGGUGAGCUUCUCGAGCUUGACGACACCGUUCGCGCUACCAUUGCCAAGCUCCGUGCUCUAGGAGAAUUGGAUGAUACUCUUAUCAUCGUCACCGCCGAUCACGGUCACGGCUUCGAUGUCACUGGAUCUGUUGACACCAAGUACCUCGCUGAGCAGAAGUCUGAUCGCGAGAAGCGUAAGGCUAUCGGUACCUACUUCAACUCUGGUCUCUCCCAGUACACCGUCCAGAAGCAGGGUUCUCUCAAGUACUCCGAGGGCGUCCACUUUCCCGCUCAAUGGGAUCCACGAUACACCCUUCAUAGUGGCCUUGGUGCUCAUCCUGACAAGCGUGAAAACUACCAGGUUCAUAAGGAUGGACCUCGUCUCCCAGCUACUACCGCCCGUGGAGCUAAGGACUACUAUGUCAACUACAAGGAUGCUGUUACCGGCUUUAUCGUCAACGGCACCAUUGCUCCAGAUGAAGGCCAGGGUGUCCACUCUCUCACGGACGUUCCUGUCUUCGCCAUGGGACCAUGCCAGGAAGACUUUGGUGGUGUAUACAACUCCGUUGACGUUUUCUUCCGUAUGGCCCAGUGCCUUGGUCUAAGCAAGACCAGAUGGUAA